UUCCAUGUUGCACCGUCUGCCUGGGUCGCAACUCCCAUCACACAGUCGAGUGCACCGCCCCCAAAACCUGGGAUAACCUCUUUGAUACCUUCUCAGAGCGCAUUAACAAAGCGCUCUGGACCAGGGAUGGAUGACAGUUGUGUACCUCGUGGCAACGUGAGGAAGGUUGCACCAACACCUCACACGGCAACAAACAUAUGUGCUCGGGGUGUGGUUCCCCAGAUCACGGAGCCCAGCGUUGCGCUAGAGCGCAGAAGGUCUAAGCCC